GCAACUCCAUAAUCCCGCCGCCUUCGUAAAUUGAAUUGUCUCUGGACGCCUAACUUUCGAUGAUGAUGUUCCUCUUUCUCCAUUCGUUACGAACCAAUGAAUCAACCUUGCGGGUGUUAACCUCCUCCGCGCUCAUUCUUUCAUUCCUUUUCUCGGAGCGGCCAGCUGCUUCCGCCACCGGUAUGACUAGCGACACCGACGACCUACCCGCACUCCUCUCUAUCAAGGCUCAUUUGCACCCUUCCGCUUCCUUGUCCUCAUGGGACAGCCACAACUCCAGCACUGCAUUCUGCCAGUGGCCGGGGGUGACAUGUGGUAACAGCCAAAACCCCGGAAGGGUGACUUCCCUGGACUUGGCCAAUCUUGGCCUCACGGGCUCCAUAUCUCCCGACAUCGGCAACCUGACCUUCCUCAGGAGCCUCAACCUCUCUCUCAACAGCCUACAAGGCCAGCUGCCGCCGGAGCUUGGCCGUUUGUCCCACCUCGAGUCUCUCCUUCUGAGACGAAACGCUCUCGAAGGCAGAAUUCCUGGCACCCUCGCCAACUGCUCCAGCCUGUGGCGGAUAAGUCUAGGUUCCAACAGGCUCGCCGGUGAAAUCCCGGCAGAGCUUGGUGCACUCCCCAAGCUCCAAAUCCUUAGCCUCCAUUACAACGACAUCGGCGGGAGAAUCCCUGCUUCCCUUGGGAACCUCUCGUCGAUGACUCACAUCGAUCUCGUCGGAAACAGAGUGACGGGCACCAUACCCCCGAGUCUAGGAAGACUCCAAAGCUUAGUGCAUAUCUCUGUCACCGGGAACUCACUGACAGGGGCGAUCCCCGCCAACAUUUUUAACAUGUCGUCCCUCUGCUACUUGUACGUAGGGUAUAACCAGCUCUCUGGAACACUGCCACCUGACAUGGGCAACACGCUUGUCAAUCUCCAAGUACUUCAAGCAUUUGGUAACACUCUCGAAGGUCCGCUUCCUAUCUCACUGCCAAAUGCUUCCAGGCUUACAGAAAUCGUUCUGCCAUAUAACAGACUUAGUGGCCCUCUGCCUCGGGAUAUAGGCAGACUAAGAUAUCUCUCUUCGUUGAGUCUUCGUGACAAUAGAUUGGAAGCAAAGAAAGCAGAGGACUGGGAGUUCCUCGCUUCCUUAGCCAACUGCAGCAAUCUCCGAACUCUGGAUCUGGGAUGCAACAAGCUGGCGGGGACUCUGCCCGCAGCUAUAUCCAAUCUAUCGACACAAUUGAGAUGGCUUGGGUUGGGAGGAAAUGAGAUCCAUGGAAGUAUUCCUGCAGGGAUAGGGCGUUUCACCCACCUCCACAGGCUUCACUUGGAUCAGAUGGCCCUCGCAGGUGACAUUCCUGCAGCCAUCGGCAAGCUUCAGAAUCUGCACAUCUUGUCCCUGAACGGUAAUCGAUUGUCGGGAGUUCUUCCGUCCACUGUUGGCAACCUUACCCAGCUGGAAAGACUAUACUUGAACGAUAACAGCUUGCAGGGAGAGAUUCCCAAGAGCUUUCACAACCUGCAACGGUUGACAGUGUGUGAUUUGUCAUUCAACGAGCUUGAGGGCAGCAUUCCUAAAGAACUAGCGGAGCUUUCCUCCUUGACUCGAUACCUCAACUUGUCGCAUAACUUGUUGACAGGGCCUUUACCAUCAGAAUUUGGAAGCUUGAAGAAUCUUCAAGUGUUGGAUAUAUCAGAUAACAGACUAUCUGGAGAAAUUCCAAGCACCUUAGGAGAAUGUCAAGUCUUGCAGUACCUCUACCUGCAAAGGAACCACCUUCAAGGAACAAUUCCAGACUCUCUAAGUAGUCUAGGCGGCAUACAAGUGUUGGAUCUCUCCUGCAAUUACUUAUCAGGACCCAUCCCACUGACCUUCGAGCGACUCCAACACAUGAAGUUUCUUAAUCUUUCGUUAAACGAUCUCCAAGGCCAAGUGCCAGACCAAGGGGGUUUCAAGAACGCCAAUUUGUACUCAGUCGCUGGGAAUGAAAAGCUGUGUGGAGGAAUCCAAGAGUUACAUUUGCAGCCAUGUUCCAGACUUGUUCUGGGAAAGAAGUGUGGGUUUCCUGCAGUUAGAUCACUCAUCUCAUUUGUGUUUAUUGUGUCACUACUUGUCCUGUCUCUAGGUAAAGCUUCUUCUUACCUGGUCCGCAAGCAAAGAACGAGGAUCUACAUGGCUGCAGGUCCAUCUAAAAGACAGACAUCCAUCUUAGAAGUGAGACCAGGAGGAAGAAGUAUGUAACUUUAUUGAUCUAAUUCUGGGUACAUGUAAAAUAUAUGACGAUCAUAUCAAGGGAUAUAGAUCCCUUUUAUGUAGUAGCUUUUAACACGCCACUACAAACUUAAGAUGAUUUAGUGGAAA